AUGGCCCCCGAUAGCUUGGAGCAGCUGAGACAGCACACCACCAUCGUCGUGGACAGUGCUGACUUCGACAUCCUGCCCAAGUACAGCCCGCAAGAUGUGACGACCAACCCGCUGCACAUCAUGACGGCGACAAAACUGCCCAAGUUCAACUGGAUCCUCGAGAAGGCGGCCAAGUACGGCCUCGAGAAGUCCACGGACCCCGCGGAACAGGAGGCCGCCGCUCUGCUGCAGCUGCUGGUCACCUUUGGCGCGGAGAUCCUCAAGCGCAUCCCCGGGCGGACGUCCACCGAAGUCGACGCGAUCCACUCGUUCGACAAGGACACAACGAUCCGCGUCGCGCGCGAGAUCGUUGCCAUGUACGAGGACCUCGGAAUCUCCAAGGAGCGCGUGCUCAUCAAGAUUGUCUCGACCUGGGAAGGGCUGCAGGCCGCGCGGGUCCUGGAGCGGGAAUAUGGCAUCCACUGCAACAUGACGGCUAUUUUCUCAGUGCACCAGGCCACCUUGGCCGCCGAGGCCGGGUGUACGUUGAUCUCACCGUUCGUCGCGCGCACCACGGACUGGUACUAUAAGAACCGGCCGCAGAAGGACUACACAGGCUGGAAGGGACCCGGGGUCAAGCUCGUCGAUGAGAUCUUCAAGGAUUACCGGAGCAAAGGGGUCAAGACAGAGAUCAUGGCCGCCAGCCUGCGUACCAUGGACGAAAUCUCCAAGCUGUCGGGACUGGAGUUCAUGACUUUGAACGCUGGGACGCUCGCGGAGCUGAGGAGCGAGACGAUGCCCAUGACCAAGAGCCUCGACGCCGACAAAGUAUCCGCCAUGGCCAAUGGACACACCAAGGACCUCAAGCCCGUCUUCCUCGACAACGAGCCGAAGUUCCGUCUCGCCAUGUUCUUGGACCAGCCGGCAACAGACAAGCUCGAUGAGGCCAUUCGAAUCUUCUUGGACGCUGGAAAGGAAACGAACGCUCUGCUGAGGGCGAAAAUGGACUCGUUGGCGGGCACAAGCACGUAA